AUGUAUUUUCAGCAUCAGCUUAUGUAUGCUGACAGUAAAUUGAUAAAUAAAGAAUGGCAGCUUGGUGCAGUUGGUUGUAAAUUAUCGACAUGGAUCAAUUCGACAACUUCAUGUGCAUCGAUAUUCACUUUAGUGGCCGUUACAGCUGACAGAUAUUUAGCGAUAUGUCAUACAAUGAAAUAUGCUAUAUGGGAUGCGAAAUGGACUCUUUUUCUGAUUGUCGGAAUAUGGAUAACAAGCGGUGUUUUAGCCGCACCAACAUUCGCUGUAUACGAUGAGGUUCUUUUCGCACUGGAUCCACCGAAUAAAACAAUGGUCGCUCGUUUAUGUGUUUCAACACAGGAUGAAACGAUCAAUUUUAUUGUUAUCAAUUUAUUUCUCGCUUUUGUUGUUCCAUUUGCUCUUAUAUCGGUUUUUUAUACUCGUAUUUUUAUAACUGUAUCGAAUCAUCAAAGUUUGGCUGUCGACGCAUCCAUUCGUGAUGAACGUGUUAAACUUCGAGUAGCACAAAUGAUGCUCACCGUUAUUAUUGUAUUUGCUCUCUGCUGGAUUCCCCUUUAUGGAAUUUAUUGCUAUUUUUUCUUUUCAAUCGAUCAUACUACACCAGCUUUCCAAUUCGCUUCACAAGUAUUACGACCAAUAUUUCAGUGGCUUUCUUUGCUUUCUUCAUCGUUAAAUCCUCUUAUUUAUAUUGCAUAUAGUCGCAAAUAUCGUCGAGCUUUUCAAGAUCUUUUGUUAUUGCCAUGCAAAACUCGUUAUGAACAUAUUCGAAGCUUUACGCGAUCUAAACUUCGGUUGUCAUCGCUUAAUCGGUCCAGUGAUAAAACAGUUGAUCACCAACAAGCUGAUAUUCAACCAAUGUGUUUCUGUGAUUUACAGCUAAAAUCUGAUCCAAAAAAUGACGCUGGAACUAAUUUCUGGAACUUACAUCAUAAACUUACUUCUAUUUGA